CGGAUAUUGGACGGAAACGGGCGAGUUGAAGAAAUAGAGGGAGAAGCAGCAAAGGGAGAUGCUUGGAUAAAUAAAUUCUCAAAUAAGCCGAUAAAACAGAGGAACCGUUUUCAAGUUGAUUGACUUUUAUCUAACCCUGUCGACGGAAGAACCGCAGUAAUGUCUGCCCAAGCUCAAAUGAGAGCUUUGCUCGACCAGCUGAUGGGAACAGCGAGGGACGGGGAUGAGACGCGGCAGAGGGUCAAGUUCACUGACGAACGAGUCUGCAAAAGUCACCUUCUCAACUGCUGCCCACAUGAUAUCCUCUCUGGAACUCGCAUGGACCUGGGGGAGUGCACUAAGAUCCAUGACCUGGCACUUCGGGCUGAUUAUGAAAUUGCCUCCAAAGAGAGAGAUCUUUUCUUUGAGCUUGAUGCAGUGGAUCACCUAGAGUCUUUCAUUGUGGACUGUGAUCGGAGGACAGAACUGGCCAAGAAGCGCCUGGCUGAGACUCAAGAAGAGAUCAGUGCAGAGGUGGCAGCAAAGGCAGAGAAGGUGCAUGAGCUAAAUGAGGAAAUAGGAAAGCUCCUGGCCAAGGCUGAACAGCUCGGAGCUGAGGGCAAUGUGGAUGAGGCUCAGAAAGUCCUGCAAGAGGUGGAGAAGGUCCGCACGAAGAAGAAGGAUGCAGAGGAAGAAUACAGAAACUCCAUGCCAGCCUCAAGCUUUCAGCAGCAGAAGCUUCGGGUGUGUGAGGUGUGCUCUGCUUACCUUGGUCUCCAUGACAACGACCGUCGUUUGGCUGACCAUUUUGGCGGGAAGCUUCACCUCGGCUUCAUUCAGAUCAGAGAAAAACUGGACCAGCUAAAGAAAACUGUGGUCGAGAAGCAGGAGAAGAGGAAUCAGGAGCGCUUAAAGAGACGAGAAGAAAGGGAGAAGGAGGAAAGGAUGAGGAGGAGGACCAGAUCAAGGAGCAGAGAGCACAGAAGGUCCCGUUCUCGUGACCGCAGAAGGAGACGCUCACGCUCUUCGUCACGAGACAGGCGCCGUUCCCGCUCACGCUCCAGGGAGAGGAGGAGACGGCAUCGCAGCCGAUCCCGCUCACGCAGCCGAGGACACCGUCACAGCCACGAGCAGAGCUCCAGACACAAGUCAUCCAGAGAUCGAGAGCGCUCGUCCAGGGACCGGGACCGCUCAUCCAGAGACCGGUCACGGGAGCGAGACAGAAGGGAUGGUAUGAAUGGCAGGUCGGACUCCCGCAGGGCAGACGACAGAGACACGGGGGACCUCUGAAGACCAAACUCCAUCCAUGACCACAACACCACAGCCUCCUCCCGUCUGUCCAUUUAUAAUAUCCUAAUGUUAAACACCUUGCCUCGACACCCCACCCCUCUGUUUUCCCGCCUGCCUCCUUUCUUUGCUUUAGUGCAGCCAGAGUGCACACAUACUAUCAAGUAUAAAAUUGAGUUUUUCUGUUUAGUUGUUUUUUUUUCCUUUCUUUUUUUUUAAUAGCAUCAGAUACAUCUGAUUUUUUUGGGAUUUGGCAGGUUAUUGGUCAGUAGUGGAGUGUACUCUUAAUACCCACAUCUGUAACUCGGUGGCUUGUCUCUAUCCAGUCCAUCCCUUGUCUUGUUACUGCCCUGAAAUGUGUCCACUAGAAAAGGCAAACUGAUCUGCUGGACUGGAGCAUAAAAAUGUAACUGGUCCAUGUUCUUUUUAUUAUUAUCUGAUGGUCUUUUGAUAAAAAAAAAAAAAAAUCUGUCUGUAAAUAUAUCCUAGGCUGACUAAUUGUCUAAAAAAGCCUAGUCUUGUCAAGUAGUUUCUUGGUUUUUUUCCCCCCUCCUCAUUUCCCUCCUUGAAGAUUUCGUUUCGCUGUCUCAGUGCAGUUCUCGAAUGUCUGUCUACAUAAUGGUCUUCAGUGCUUAGUUCUCUAAAAUCCACUUAAAGUUUUAAAUUCAAAGGUUUUAAAGAUGUUAGCAUUAGUAUCCAACUUGCCUCCCUUUUUGUCUUUUUUUAUUAUCAUAAGUGAUCAGGUUACAGGUGACUUUCUUCAGUAUAAGUGAAAUCUUCUGAUCUAUAUUGGUGGCAAGUCUCUUUAUCAUUUCUUUCUAUCUUGAUUUCUUUUUAACAUACUGCAAAUAAACAAUAUCUUUAGAAUUUGUGUCAGCAUGUGAAGCAGUAGGUUCAGAAAUGAUCAAGUUCAGAUCUACUUACCUUUAAGUGAAAAAUUUAAACAUUUUUUGGCCCAACUUGAACAGAUUUCUUUUCCAUUAUGAUUAAAUGCAAACAGAUUUUAAUGGAUGCACUGCUUUACCUAAUGUGUGAAGUCAUAUCUGUUUGUUCUGCUGGAAACCUUUCUUUAAAGUCUCAAUUAAAAAAAGAAAAAAGCACCA